GAAACUAGCAAAUCUCUAGAUUUCUGUCCUCUGUUCACUUUUCAUUCGCUCAACUCACAGGAGAAGUAAGAAUUCUUCAUUUUAGUUCUCUCUCUAUCUCUCUCUCUCCCCACUCACUGGCAUCAGCACCGCCGCCUCCACUCCCAACAGAACUUACUCACAAAUAUAAACCUGGGUUGUCGUCAGAUUGGAUGGUUGUCAACACGUUGGUGUUUCUGAGGAAAAAGUAACUUUUUAUGAUCCUGAAUUUCUGCUUCCCUCUUUUUCCUCUGUUUCUUAAGGCUACUUUAAUGGCAGUGUGUUCUCAGUCCAAGUUACAAUAUUGAUUUGGGUUUAUAUCUGGUGGUAGAUCCACCCGAAUCAGCAAAAAUUUUAUUGGAAACCUUCCUGGGAAGUAAUUUUGCUUGUGAAGAAAACAGAGCCAAACUCUGUUCCUGUUGGUGGUGGUUUUGAAAGUUUUUCUGAUCUCCUUGAGCUUUUUGUUUGAUUUCAUAAAAGGGGUCAAAGAGGUUACCUUCAAAAAGUACACGACUUUUCAACGUCACCUUAAAGAUUUUAUGGAAGAAAAUUGAAGAAAAAAGAAGAGAAGCAAAUGGAGCCAGAUCUUCAAAGAAACCAUCAUAAUCUUCAUGAUCAUCAACACCAACAUCACCAGAGCCAGACGAACUCCGGCUUGACACGGUACCGUUCGGCCCCAGGCUCGUAUUUCUCAGGAAUCAUUGACAGGGAAUUUUGCGAGCAAUUCUUCAACCGGUCUUCGAGCCUGGAGACAGAGCGAAUCUUCGAUCGGUUUAUGAGCAGCGGUGGCACACAUGACGACGCAUCAGAAGUGGCGGCAAAAGAAUCUACGCAGUUUAUGGCAUCAAUGAACAACGAAGCGGCAGGGGUUGUUCAACAGCUGAAAAAUUAUGGUUCUGCUUCUCAGAAUUUUUACCAGAACCCAUCACGGCCGCCAUUGCCGAAUCAGGGCUUGAAUCCGAGUUUGGAGGGGUCUUGUUCAAUGGGAAUGGGUCGAAUAUUGCCUCAGAUGAAGACAGGUGGUGGUGGUGAUAAUAAUUCAAGUCUUGUUCGGCAUAAUAGCUUGCCGGCCGGAUCAUUCUCCCACAUCAAUGUUGAGAAUAGCUAUGCUGCAAUGAGAGGCAUGGGAAGUUUCGGAGGCAGUAAGGGCACUAGUGAAGAGUCACCUUUUUCAACUGCUAGCAGGUUGAAGAAUUACUCAUCAGUGCCACCUUCUGCAGCAGUAGGGAUAAUGGCUCCAAUCCCUGAAAUUGAGGACAAAAAUAUGGCAGCAAGCAAUCCAGACAGUGGUUUCCCGAUUGGUUCUUGGGAUGAUUCUGAUAUGAUUUCCGAUCUCAAAAGAGUUACAGAUGACGAUAUUGAUGCUGAUGCAAUGACACUUUCUAAUAUAGAUGUGUCAGAAACUCAGAACAUGGAGUAUAGGAAUCGCCCACGCUCUGGUUUGGCUCGUCACCUGAGUUUGCCAAAAACUGCAGCAGAGAUGGCUGCCAUUGAAAAGUUCGUGCAGUUUCAAGAUUCCGUACCUUGUAAGAUUCGAGCUAAGCGUGGCUUUGCCACGCACCCACGAAGCAUUGCCGAGAGGGUGAGAAGAACCAAAAUCAGUGAAAGGAUGAGGAAGCUACAAGAUCUUGUCCCUAACAUGGACAAGCAAACAAACACAGCAGACAUGUUAGAUUUUGCAGUUGAGCACAUUAAAGACCUUCAAAAUCAAGUCCAGAAACUUUCUGAAAACCGUGCAAAGUGUACGUGUUCUUCAAACAAGUAGCAGCCAUGCUGCAAAAUGAAUGUGGAGAAAAAUACAGAAAACGAAGCCGGCUUCUCUUUUGCACUGAGGGGAAGAAAAUACAAGCCAAAAGGCUGGUCGUAGUUAACUGUAAGAUCCGUACCUAUUGAUGCCAUUAUAGAAUGCAAAAGCUGUACAGUAAAUGUAUGCAAUGUUUGCUAUGGAGUUAACAGAAACAGUAAAUUCUUUCCUCCAAUAA